AUGAAAGCACGUGCAGGAGAAUUAGACUACCAGGAUGCUCGCCGUUUCAAGCACACUCGCCUCGGUAUAUGGGAUCUCUAUGAGGAGCGCCAGUCAGCUUUGCCACGCAUACCGGCCUCAUCAAUAUCGGAGACAUAUACGCAGAUAACCCAGAGCGCGCCGUUUAUAGUUCGCAUGUUAAAGGAUGUACUCAGCAUAAGACGAUGCUCCAUGCUUCUCUCCGCAUACCUGGUAGUAGGAAUUUUAGCUUCCCUCAUACCCGCUGUUUCCCUGUGGUACUCUGGACAAUUACUCCGCCUUGUAGAGAGCGCAAUGGAGACACGUACUGUGGACACAGCGGUGCUCGUACAUUUUGCAGUGGCACAUCUUAUAUGCACAGUCGUUAUGCGCUUUCUCAGAUACUCCCGAGCCUGCAUAACACCCCCUCUGAGAUUGUACAUCAAACAAUUCUACAAUGAGCAAAUGUUCCACCCGACCUCCCGCCUCGAUGUGCCCGCAUUCCGAGCCCUUGAAGGCUUAUGCACACUGCGGGAGUUCAGCGCGGCGUCGGGCCCUUGGGGCACUUCCGUAGCUUGGACAUCCAUCGAGAGGUCAACGGACAUGACGAUGACGUUUAUUCGUUCGCUCUCUCAGCUUUUUGCUUUGUGCAAUACAUAUUGCCCUGGGAUAACGCAGGACAGGCAGUGGUCAGAUCUUUGGUUUGGGGCCGCGAGAACGACCAACAAGGAUUUUUUUUCGCAUGCAAGGUCUGAGGAAUCUCGUUAUGAUGUCUACCCACCGCAGGAGCUCGUCGCAGGCAACCUUGACGAAUUCGUCAGUGCACAAUUUCGCGAAGCAGCUCAGCACGUUGGUCACGAUGCGGUUGAAUUCCCAGAGCUGAAAAAUUUUCGUUCUUUUAAGGACUGUCUGAGUAUCAGGUUUAUCCUCCAAGAAACAAUGUAUAUGUUACCUCAGAUUGUCUUCACCUUUCGCGUCCUGAAAAAUCCAAUGACCACUCCCAUCUCCCUAGCAUCACUCAUACUUAUCAAGCAAGCCUUUCAUGCAUUCAAUGACACAGAUUUUCUCGUUGUCCAACAGAGGAUAUACGGAAUAAUGGUGUUGGAUGGCACGGAGCCGUUCCCUGAGAACCAGCAGUCUCUCAGGAGUGGUAUUUCUGUCGAGUUCAGGAAUGUUUCGUUUCAGUAUCCUGGCGGAGACAGCUGUGCUCUGCGAAACGUAUCGUUCAAGAUCGGGGCUGGUCAACUUUGUGUCGUUGUUGGUGUAAACGGCUCUGGAAGAAGGGCACCAUCCUCAUCGACGACCGCGACAUACAAAACCCUCAGACUUGCUGACCUCCGUGCUGCUAUGUCCAUCCUCUUCCAAGACUAUUCGCAAUUCCCCCUCUCUCAUGCGGCGAGAACAUCGGACUGGGCAACCCCGCCCUUGCAACAUGACGAUGACAAGGUUCGUGAAGCCGCCCGUCUCGGCGGCGCAGAAGACUUCUUGAUGAGCUCCCUGACGGGAUUCGGACACCCACCCUCUACCGCCCCGUGCAUGAUUAUCAUGUGGGACCUCCCUGAGGUACCACGGCGCUCUUUGGGCAGCCCGUCGACUCCUCGCGUUGGGGUUUGAUUGACGAUGUCCAUAUUUCCGGAGCUGUAGGCCUCCCAAAUCAGCCGUGGGCAGGUACAGCGGCUUGCAAUCUCCCGCACAUUCAUGCGUUCAUUGGUCUCCGAAACUGAGUCUUUCCGCUGGCAUGCUGUUAUUUGACGAGCCGAGCGCCUCCCUGGAUCCUACAGCCGAACAUGAUCUCUUCGAGCGUCUGCGGAAGUUGAGGGGGUAACAAGACCAUGAUAUUUUCCACUCACCGGUUUGGAAAUCUCACCCAACAUGCGAACCUCAUUUUGUACAUCGA